AUGAAUCAAAUGAAUAUGCCCGGGAUGAAUCCCGGGAUGGGAGGCCCCGUUGGUGGUGUUCCCAUGAUCAAUAACGGUUCGACGGCUCCUCGUAACGAUGGAAAUGUGAACAACAUCCCUGAAACUAUGAUUACCAACCUCAAUACCUAUAUUUACGACUAUUUCUUGAGACGAGGUUACCACGACUGCGCCAGAGCUCUCGUCCAGGACGAUUCGUUCAAGCUGAACACCGAUCCGGCCGCCAAAACAAGUCCGGGUAAUCGCGAUGUGAAUGGUAUCGAUGGCGAUACGAUGAUGACUGAUGGUAAAGAUGGCGACAAAGUCAAGAUCCCUGACGAUCUCCCUCGACCUAGUCUUUCCAAUGAAUCCCAACAUUCGUCCUUCCUCCUCGAUUGGUUCAGCCUUUUCUGGGAUUUCUUUUGGGCCCAACGCAACAAAGGGAACCGCAACGAUGUGCGACAAUAUCUCCAUCACACUCAGAACAUCAUGCGCCUCAGAGAAUCGCAACAAAAUCCGUUAUUACGACCUCAACCCAUGAUGCCGGGGCAGAUAGGGCAACUCAAUAACAUUCGUCGGAACAACAUGGUUCCUCCAAACCUCCAGAAGACCGUUCUGCAAAACAAUACUGCUGGCCUUUCUCAACAGCAGAUGGCUCACCUUCAGAGAAGCCAGCAGGCCCAGAUGAUGCAGAUGCAACGCGACCAGUCGGAAAUGGACAUGAACGGGCAUCGUCCGCAGUCCCCCUCGUCCGCAGACAAUGCGCCUUCCCCGUCGAAACGACCCCGUCUUGAUGGCGGACCGAUGAACGGACAACAGUUGGCACCCAACGGACGAGGACAAGGACAAGGCAUGCCCGGUCAGCCGAACCCGUUGAUGAUGCAAAACGGACUCAAUGCGCGUAUGGCGCCGCAAGCCCAGGCCGCGUUCCAGCAACCGGCCCCCGGGGCGCAGCAAAAAUCCAUCCAGGGAUUGCCGAAUGGUAUGAUGAACCCCGGCGUUAUGCCAAACCAACCGGAUCUCGUAGCGAUGCCAGACGGUCAGGGUAUGUACCCGAUGGGCAACGAGUAUUAUGGCGCGAACGGUCAAAUGCCCCAGGUUCGGGCUGGGAUGCAGACGCCUGGCGGUCAGCAUGGCAAUCAUGCUCUCCAAGAUUAUCAAAUGCAGCUUAUGCUGCUUGAACAGCAGAAUAAGCGGCGUUUGUUGAUGGCUCGUCAAGAGCAGGAUAGCAUGACCCGUCCCGACCAGCCUCCCAUGCCCGGGCAGCAGGCUCUGCCUCCAGGCACCUCUCCCGGCAGCAGAGCAGGCGCAUCACCGAACCCGAGCGACCAGAUGAAGAGAGGCACUCCGAAGAUGCCUCAGACCGGACUCCCCGGAUCCCCGAGCGCCGCCGAUGCGAUGGGCCAGAACCGUGCCUCCCCAGCUUCCAUGAAUUUCAAUCCCCAGCUAGGAGGCCCCGAUAUGACGGGCCAGUUCUUCAACCCCAACGGUAUGCGACCCCCUAGCUCUAAUCCGGCCUUCAGCGCUGCGCAAAUGGGCCAGGCGGUUCCUGCCGGUGCGGCCAACCGUGUUCCCAGUGGCAGUUGGCCUCAGCAAGGCGGUCCUCAGGGCCAGCCCAUGGUACCAUCGCCCGCCAGUCAGCCUCAGACAGGAACUCCACAGGAACGGGGUGCAAUGCCGCCUCCUCAGGCACCCCCAGCGACAGGCCCCAAUGCCGGCCGUACACCUGCAUCUCCUCAAACGGCCGCGCCCCCGACUCCCCAGCAGGCUCAUAAGGCCGCACCCAAGAAGAAAGACACGAAAGAUACUCGGAAGAAAUCGGCCGCUGCUGCUGCGAACGCCAACACGGCGGCUACUCCAUCGUCGGAAGCGGAGCAUCCGCCCACGCCGACACCUUCGACACCGAUCACUCCUCAGCACCCCAACUCGUUUAACAAGAAUGGGGCCAAUGCAACAACUGGCGCUCCGCAACAACCGACAUCCGCACCAGCGCCUCCGCCUAUGGUGCCGCAGCAACAGCCGCAACCAUCUCAACCGCCACAGCAGCAGCAACCGCCGCCGCCAGACCCGAACCAGCCGUUUGGUGAUCUCAAUACUCUUACGGAUUCAUCUGCUUUCAAUCUUGACUUUGGCGCACUGGAAAACCCAGACUUACUUGAAAACUUCGAUUUUGACACAUUCCUUAAUACCGAUGCAGACACGGCCGGCUUUGGAUUUGAUCCAAACAUAUCUUAUGCCGCAGACGGUGUAGAGACAGGUGCCGGAGAUAGCCUGUGA